GAAAAUCAAAUGUCAACUACAACUACUCAAACGACUUCAAAAAAUGAAUUAGUUAAGUGGAUAAAUGAAACAUUUAAAGUAAUCAAUUAAAUUUCUAUCAAAUUAGUUAACCAUAACUCAACUAGAAACCCUUGGUACUGGUUGCACAUUUUGUUAGAUAUUUGAAUAUUUAUAUCCAAAUUCAAUUCAAGGAAAUAAAAUCAUCUGGAAAGCUAACAAAGAGAAUGAUUAUAUAAAGAAUUUCAAGACCUUAGCAGAUGCUUUUACAAAAAACAACAUUUAAAAAUAAUUAGAUGUAUACUGUUUAUUUUAUUUUAGAUCUAAUAACUAUCAAAAGCUAAGUAUUAAGACAUUUUAGAUUUGGCACAAUUCUUGAAAUAAAAAUUUGAUAAGUAAACAGAAAAGAGAGAAAAUUAUGAUCCAAUUGAAUUUAGAAAAGUAGAAGAAAGAAAAGUCUUUACUCCAACCAAUAGAAAAACUGUAUCAACUCUUAAAGAUAAAACAAAUAAUGAAAACACAACAACAUCUACUCAUUCUUUGUUAGUUAAAAGACCACUUUCAAAAACCUCCUCUUGGAAAACUACAAAACCAACAUUCACUAAAACACCUGAACUUAGUUCAAUUACUGAAAUUAUCAAUAAUGCAGAAGAUGAUGAGGCAACAAAAGUUAAAAAGAUCAAGUCACUAUUCAUUUGAAUUAAAAUUAAAAUAAAACAAUCAU